UUCGGCAGUUUGAGGGCGCUGUUUUGCAGAAGUGAAAGAGCGCGUCGAAUGGAUGUUUCUUGAAUCCUGAAGCUUGGCAAAUUUGAUCAUCGAGGCUCAGCAGGACAGUAUGUUCGCAUCAGGAUCACUAAACAACACUCCAUUUGAGUGUAAGACACUCCAGCACUACCUGAUCAAUAGCACCUUCAAAAGGGUGCCCUCCAAUUCUACCUCCAUGGAGGGUGACAUUCCAGCCAUGAUGGACAGCAUCCACCAGAGAGAUGAUGAAGGCCUACAGCAGGCGGGAAUUUCCAGCAAACUUGUACCUAGUGUGAAAUCCGAUAUACGGUCCAAUUUGGAAAUAUACAACAAGGACAGGUACCAGACCAGCUUGGAUUCUUGUUCAAGGGACAUCUGUGGUCAUACAACUUGCAAAGACACUUGCCUGUACCAGACAUACAGAUCAUCCGAAAGACUUGAAGUAGACAGAGACAGCACCUCUUGCCAGGAGAGAGAACUUCAUCAGGGUCACUCCCCCUUGACUGGCAUUCAGGAGGAGUGUCAGUGGAAUGAUUUGUUGAUGAAUUCACCAGCAGAUACACAGAGAGACCUAAAUCCACAACAUACAGAAGAGGAGGAUGCACUCCUUGGAAUUGACUAUAGUCUGAGGCAGUCUGUAGAGGCAGAGAUUGAAGCAUUUAGAAUCAACCUUCAUAAUUUCAUAUCUGACCACCACCAGCAGUAUCGACAAGUACUAUUGCAUGGCAUUGAUCCAAUUACAACACAGAACUCCGUUUGUGAUCAUACUGUGAUUGGGAGAACUAACUAUGAAUGGUCUCAAACAAACUCCUCUGCACAGUGCCACAUUGAGGAGUCUUCAGGCUCCAGCUUUCGCAUACAGGAUGACGGCACUUGUCAACUGUAUCAACCAAACAGCAGCCAAGAAGAUGACAUCAACUAUGCUCUUCUUCAACUGCUUACUUCAGCUAAUGCAGUAAGCCACACCCUCAGGAGACAAGAGUAUACAACUUGACCCAGUGCCAGGACUUUACAGUGACAUUUGAUCUUUGACCUUUCUGAAUAGAGUCAUAAAUAUGUAUUGCAUUUCAAAUCAAAAGUCCUUAAUGAGAGGACUGUUACCAGUUAUUUGCAUUUUGAUUGACCACCUUGUAAAAUGAUGAUGAUUCUCUGCUAUUGUAAUAACUUUUAACCAAUACAUGUACACAGUUUAAACCAUGUACUGCUCCAACAACCUGUUUAAAGUUCAGUUGAAAAUAAAAAAGUUCAAAGGAAAGAAGG